AUGGAAAAAACCUUACUCCCCCCCCCCCUCCGUGAGCGAACAAAAAAAAUUUUGUUCGCUAACGGAGGGGGGUUAAUUUUUUUUUUUAAAAAAAAAUUUAUAUAUAAAUUUUAUAAAAAAUAUUUUUUUCGAAAUUUAAAAAAAAUCCUAAUUUGCAAAAAUUGGGAAGCAAAUAUUAAUUUAAUUUGCAAAAAUUGGGAAGCAAAUAUUAAUUUAAUUUGCAAAAUUUAUGUUUUAAAACGCAAUUUGUUUAAAAUUAAACAGAAUUAGCUCUAGAUUUCAUUAUACUAAUUAUCACUUAUAUAUCAAAAUUUUUUUCCAUUAAAAUUUUUUCUAUUAAAAAAAUUUUUGUUCACUCACGGAGGGUGGGUUUUUGGUCAAAAAAAUGGCGAUUUUUCUAAUGGUUUUGUUCGCUCACGGAGGGGGGGGGCGAGUUAGCAAAUUACACAAAAAAGCUUGCAAGAGUCCUAAUUAUCGGAGGGGCAAGUUUUCUAUCAGUUUAUGGAGGAUUUGCUUAUAUAGCCUACCAAAAUAGAAAAGAGUACUCAGAUCUUCUUCAAUCUCUUCAAGAAAAUCCUCCUCCAAAGUCUCAAGCUCCAGACCUUGAUAUAGGUGACAUAUUCUAUUUUGAUCAUGAUUGCAUCAAAAGUUUUUCGGUAAGAGACAUGAGAAAAUGCGCCGUCCAUAAAAUGUACCACAGAUCUGUAUCGUCUGAAGAAGAAUCUGCAAGGUACAGACAAGGAAAAUGGCUGAAUUCAGCAAUAGUCAUAAAAUCAAAAGACGAAACCAAAAUUUUUCAUAGCUAUUAUGGAAAACUAUACCAAAAUAAUUAUAAUGAAUUUGUGAAUCUUCCUUAAAUCUCAAAAUUUUGCAAUUAUGGCAUGUGGUCUGGGCUAACUGGGCUUCCCCUCGACCCAUAGACAAGAAGACCGGCGGCGCAACACCAAUUGAGCACUUCUGAAGAGCAUUAUGCUGCCUAUAAAUGGCAGAGGUCGUUCCAAAAAGAGGUAUCGGACGCUUCCCCUACCUGAGCACUAUCAGGGGUUAAGAGAAUACUUUACUGAAGAAUUUCGGUCCAAGCAGGUUUGGGUGAGUCUCCCGAAAGAUGUCGACGUCACCAUUUUGGUGACGUCGACAGAAAAGGGCGUUAAGUGGCUUUAGUGAUUAGCACCACACAAGUAUGAAGCCAAACUGGAUCAUGAGCUGAAAUAAACCCUUUUUUAACCCUCUCUAACUUAAUCUCUCUCCUUACAUCUCACAAAUCAGUAUGAGAAAAUUGGAGACUGGUAUUCCAGAGCUAGAAGCUAAUAGUCACGAUUUUAUUGAAGAAUUCAAAGAUUUAAUAGAUAUUGUAAAUAAUUCGUGGCCAAAUCAUUCUGCGGAUAUUUUUAGAGAUACAAUUGAUCUAAUUUUGAACUUUUGAAUGAAAGUUGGGAUCGCAGACACAGCAAAAAUUUAUUUAUCAUUAAAGCAAGGUAUAGGAGACAUGGAUCUUGAAAAUCCAACUUUACUUAAUAGCACUAUUGCUAAAUAUUCUAAGCCAAUCUCAAUUAAGUAA